CCAUUUUCGAGGAAUAGACAAUCAGAAGCAUAACAUGACAACGGAUACAACAAUCCCCUUCUUCAUUUUGACGUUGGUGGAGCUUUCACAUUUGCAAUAAUGCAAUUUGCGAAACAUUUGAAUGAGCCCCUUCGUGUAAUUUGUGGUCGAGGACGAUUCAAGGCUCCUCAGAAUUCUAUCAUCUUGUCCACCCUGGAACCCAGUAAUUUUCCCAUACCCCAAAGUCGAAUUUUACAGCUCCAAAACCCUUGCUUAAACCUGAAUUGAACUUAAACCAAAAAUCCCAUUAUCUUCUUCCGAAUUGUAUUACCAAUGGCUACAAUUUCAAGAUUCGUUAGUAAAGAUUGUAGUUUGCAGCAAUAUUACGCUCUUCCUAAGCCAAGCUGUGAUCUUUCAGUCGGAAGACGACAGAGCUUUCAGAAUUUCAGGGGUGAGCUUAUUGCAUCCGAGGGUAACAGAAGUAAUUUGGCUAUUCAUAGUAAACACCAGAAUUCUAUUACUGCUGUCUCAGUGCCUAUGACAUUUGUAAAAUCAUCUGCUUCAAGGAAUUCAAGUGUUUGUUGCAAGGCGGCCACCUCUGGAGAUUUUACCAACAAUACUAGUAAAAUGAGCCAAUAUGAGAGAAUAAUUGAAACAUUGACAACUCUCUUUCCAGUGUGGGUUAUAUUAGGUACCAUUAUUGGCAUUUACAAACCUGUUGCGGUUACUUGGUUAGAAACAGACCUAUUUACUGUUGGUUUGGGUUUCCUUAUGCUUUCGAUGGGAUUGACACUUACAUUCGAGGACUUCAGAAGAUGUUUGCGCAACCCAUGGACUGUGGGUGUGGGAUUUUUGGCACAAUACAUCAUCAAGCCCAUGUUGGGCUUCUUUAUUGCAAUGACUCUGAAAUUGUCGGCUCCUUUGGCAACUGGUCUUAUUUUGGUUUCAUGCUGCCCUGGAGGCCAGGCAUCAAAUGUUGCUACAUAUAUAUCCAAGGGUAAUGUUGCACUCUCAGUUCUCAUGACAACUUGUUCAACCAUUGGUGCUAUUGUGAUGACACCGCUCCUCACUAAGCUUCUUGCUGGUCAGCUUGUACCAGUUGAUGCAGCUGGUCUAGCAAUAAGCACUUUUCAGGUUGUGUUAGUGCCAACAAUUAUUGGGGUGUUAGCAAACGAGUUCUUUCCAAAGUUCACAUCUAAAAUAAUUACAGUUACACCUUUAAUUGGAGUUAUCCUGACCACCCUUCUAUGUGCGAGUCCUAUUGGGCAAGUUUCAGAAGUCCUGAAAACUCAGGGGGCACAAUUAAUAUUCCCAGUGGCCCUGUUACACGCCGCAGCAUUUUUUAUUGGUUAUUGGAUUUCAAAAAUAUCAUUCGGUGAAUCAACUUCUCGUACUAUUUCUAUAGAAUGUGGAAUGCAGAGCUCUGCACUUGGAUUUUUGCUGGCCCAAAAACAUUUCACAAAUCCUCUGGUGGCCGUGCCUUCUGCUGUAAGCGUUGUCUGCAUGGCGCUAGGAGGAAGUGCUCUUGCUGUUUACUGGAGGAACAUGCCAAACCCAGUCGAUGACAAAGACGACUUCAAGGAAUAAGACUUGUUAUUCUUCCUUUAUUGAAGUUAGUGUGGACUUGUUUAGCUCUUCUUUUAAGUAUUUUUGGGAUAUAUUCCCCACCCCCCAGCUUCAGUUCCAAAAAGGACCAAGUUUUGGCUUGAAUGACAUGUUAUUUGUCCCGAAUCAUUCUGUAUGAGUUGAUUAGAAGUAAUUUAGAUAUGAAUGGCUAGAGGAAAUUUCACAUCAACUUGUAACUUUACAAUGAAAUUCGGAUGGAACAUUAAUCACAUUUCAACUUGCUAGAA